AUGGCUCCAGGCCCCUUCUCCUCUGGGCUCUUCUCGCCACCACCUGCUGCUCUCCCUUUUUUGCUGCUGCUCUGGGCAGGGGCAUCUCGCGGCCAACCCUGCCCUGGUCGCUGCAUCUGCCAGAACGUGGCACCUACGCUGACCAUGCUGUGUGCCAAGACCGGCCUGCUCUUCGUGCCGCCCGCCAUCGACAGGCGUGUGGUCGAGCUGCGGCUCACCGACAACUUCAUUGCCGCUGUGCGUCGUCGAGACUUCGCCAACAUGACCAGCCUGGUCCACCUCACCCUGUCUCGCAACACUAUUGGUCAGGUGGCACCCGGCGCCUUUGCUGACCUCCGUGCUCUCCGGGCCCUGCACCUCGAUAGCAACCGCCUGGCAGAGGUGCGUGGGGACCAGCUCCGGGGCUUGGGUAACCUCCGCCACUUGAUCCUCGGCAACAAUCAGAUCCGGAAGGUGGAGUCGGCAGCUUUUGACGCCUUUCUGUCCACUGUGGAGGACCUGGAUCUGUCCUACAACAACCUGGAGGCACUGCCGUGGGAGGCGGUGGGUCAGAUGGUCAAUCUGAACACCCUCACGCUCGACCACAACCUCAUUGAUCACAUUGCCGAGGGCACCUUCGUGCAGCUGCAUAAACUUGUACGCUUAGACAUGACCUCUAACCGUCUGCAUAAACUGCCCCCCGACGGGCUCUUCCUGAGGUCCCAGGGUGGGGGGCCCAAGCCGCCCACCCCCCUGACCGUCAGCUUUGGUGGCAAUCCGCUGCACUGCAACUGCGAGCUGCUCUGGCUACGGCGUCUGACCAGGGAGGAUGACUUGGAGACAUGCGCCACUCCUGAGCAUCUCACUGACCGCUACUUCUGGUCCAUCCCGGAGGAGGAAUUUCUAUGUGAGCCCCCGCUCAUCACGCGGCAGGCAGGGGGCAAGGCCCUGGUAGUGGAGGGCCAGGCUGUCAGUCUGCGCUGCCGGGCGGUGGGUGACCCUGAGCCCGUGGUGCACUGGGUGGCACCUGAUGGGCGGCUGCUGGGGAACUCCAGCCGGACCCGGGUCCGUGGGGACGGAACGCUGGAUGUGACCAUCACCACCCUAAGGGACAGCGGUACCUUCACCUGCAUAGCCUCCAAUGCUGCGGGGGAAGCCACUGCACCGGUGGAGGUUUGCGUGGUACCUCUGCCACUCAUGGCGCCCCCGCCGGCUGCUCCGCCGCCUCUCACUGAGCCUGGUUCUUCCGACAUCGCCACACCAGGCAGACCUGGUGCCAACGACUCAGCCACUGAACGCCGGCUUGUGGCUGCCGAACUCACGUCCAGCUCUGUGCUCAUUCGCUGGCCGGCCCAGAGGCCAGUGCCUGGCAUCCGCAUGUACCAAGUGCAAUACAACAGCUCUGCGGAUGACUCUCUAGUCUACAGGAUGAUCCCUUCCACCAGCCAGACUUUCCUGGUGAACGAUCUGGCUGCUGGCCGCGCCUAUGACUUGUGUGUGCUGGCAGUCUACGACGACGGGGCCACCGCUCUGCCGGCCACCAGAGUGGUGGGCUGUGUGCAGUUCACCACGGCGGGGGAUCCCGCGCCAUGUCGCCCGCUGAGGGCCCACUUCUUGGGCGGCACCAUGAUCAUCGCCAUCGGGGGCGUCAUCGUAGCCUCGGUCCUGGUGUUCAUCGUGCUGCUCAUGAUUCGCUACAAGAUCUCUUUCUGCCCCGCGGCGGCCUCCAAAGCCUCCAGUCCCCUCAACCCCAGCCCCCUCCCUGGUCCCACCUAG